AUGGCCACUAUUAGUUGCGAAUGCCACGAAGGACAUCCGGCUGAAAGCUGCGGUGAUUUUCUGUGUCCACCAGUGACUAAUUCCAAUACACCGAUUCAGCACGCUCCGGAACUAGCUGCAUCGAAAAGCGAAUCUGGGUCCUUCUCGCGAGAAUGCAAUUCCCGUGUCGAUGCUAUCCGUCGCCUGUUUGAAGAACGAACGGAUAGAACAAGCAGCGACCGUGCGCUCGUUGAAGAUCGUUCUAUCAGCGAUCUGGCAGAUUGGAAACCUGUCGAUCACCGGCGUGCCGUUGUCGCAAACCGUACCUAUCCGGAAUCAUUGGGAAAUGAUACCUCGAAGAUCUACCGAAGCCACACGCAGAUAGUCGACAUUCCGAAUGGUGUAAAGAUCAUCACGACGAUUCUCAUCGAUGACAACCUUGAACCGGAAGAACCUUCCGUAUUCGAAACCGUGAUCUAUCCCGAAAGCGACAUCAUCAAACGGUUUCAGCUCGAUUGUGAAGCGAUCGUUAAACGAAGUUGA